UGGAAGGACCAAGUCUGCCGUGUUGCAAACUCUUGUGUUCAAAGCCUGGCUACCCGCAGUUCAUCUUUAUUUCGGAACAACAAAGAAUGCUCGGAGCAACCUCUGAUAAAUGUAUCAUUUCCUGUAAUAUCUCAAUAUCCAAAUUUAACGUUUAAAAGGAAUCUACGGCCCUUUCUCGCCGAAAAGGAAAAGAAUAACGCUAUAACAACGCAGGUGUUUGAGGCCCUUCGUAAAAUAUGGAAACUGUUCGUCUUUUGUCUGAUAGCGGCGGCAUUAUCAGGAAUCAUCAUUUGGUUUUUUGUAAGUAUACAGAAAUUCAUUUCAUUCUCCUAGGAGGGAUUAAAGCUAUAAAUAAAAGUUGAUGUUCCGUUAGUCUCGAUUACAUUUCGAAAAGUUCAGUUCAGUUCAGUUCAGUUUAUUGUUUUGUUAUAAUGAUGUACAAAAAAAACAAGGAAAUUGUCGAAUUUUUUUAAAACGAGGAAGCCCAACGGAAGCCACCGGGUUUAUAAGGAAUGGGAGUCCCUCACUUAAAUUAUUACAACAAAAUUUUAACAGAAUUAUAAAGUUCUUUUUUGACCGAAAUUUACCCACAAAGAGGAAGGGACACUGGGGCAAAAUCAUGAUUUGUCGAUGAUAAAAGUAAAAAUAAAAUAAAAGUCUGAUUAAUCCUCGCGAACCUCGGUGUGCAAUUCAAGUUAAGCCCUGCUUGUCGUAGUUAGCAAUUGCAGUGGCUGUGUGAGCAGGCGCCUUUUUCGAAUUCCUUUUUUUUCUUUUAGUUUUGUUCUGUUUCAUCACUUGUGCGACAACAAAGCAUAUUUAGCAUCAUGUCUUUUUGCAGAUAGAAAACAAAUAAAAAACAAAACACGGCAAGUCAGCUUUGCAAGGAAUUAAAUGAUGAGUAAUUGAGCAACAAGUGAUCACCCGAAAACAAAGAUUCAGUAAAAGCAUGUUAUUUACGCUUUUGAAUUUCAUUAGUCAAUAUUGAACUUAUCUUUAUCCACACUUUUGCUUAAAGGAUCAUAAGGCGAACUCCGGACAUUUCCCUAAGUCAUUUUGGGUUGGCAUUCAAGAAGGCUUAUGGUGGGCCAUUGUUACAAUGACAACCACGGGGUAAGUACUUAAAGCUAUAGAAAAACAUCAUACUUUAUGUUUAACCAAGCACUCGUCGUUAAUAUCCAUUCAUAUGCAUGCGGAAUAUUUUGCCUUUGUAGGUAUGGUGACAAGACUCCAAAAUCCACGCUUGCUCGAGCAUAUGCUACAUUAUGGAUGAUCAUUGGACUGAUGUUAAUGUCAAUCAUUACUGCCCAGGUCUCCUCUACCUUAACCGCUGACAACCUGCAGCCUCUGGGCGAUGUAUUUGGUAAAAAGGUAGGUAGACUUUUAGAAUUAUAACAUGAUAAAUAUGAAUGAAAUAAUGUAGUUGACAACACUGAUAAAACGUUCUUGUUACAUUUUCCCUGGAACAAAAUUAGCUAGUUUCUAGAAAGUAAUGCCUUCAUAGAUCCUCAUAAGAAGACCAUUAUCCUUCUGUCGCGUAGUUUAAAGUCUUAAUAAGUCUCUAACGAUCACCUUAACUUGACCAGUUUGGAGAAUUAAGGAGUCCUUACAACCUAGCGCCAAAUAUACACAUUUGUUGAAACUAUUUUGCAUCGAUAGUUUGUGAGUUUCACGAUUUGUUUAUUUCAAGAUUACCUUUCCUUUGAACAUUUAUUAAAACUGAAGGUUUUUCAUGUUUUUGUUUUCGUUUUUCAUGCAUAACUUUUUCAUCAAGUUCCAGAGAGAUCCCAGACCUCAAAACAUAAACUAAGGGAUAAUUGAGUCUAUUCCGACCGGGCUUUUUUUUUUUCGCUUCCUGGGUGCGGGGCUCGGGGGCGGGGGAGCUUCUGAGGGCCCUUCUCGUUAGCCCGCUAGAUUGUAGUGCUUAGCCGUUGGCCUUUAUUUAUCUAAUUCAACUAUUGUUGGUUUUCACAUGACGUCACUAAAAUUCAAACUAAAAAACUAUCGAUCUUACCGAGAUUUUACUUUCACGAUGCAUUAGAGCACUUGAAAACUACUUUUCAUACCAAUUUUCGCUUCAAAAGGGUUCUUGGUUUUGUGAUAGAGUACGCUUGAAUUUCUAAGCUUUUGCGUGACGCGGCAUUUACACAGCAGCCAAGAGAGCUGUCAUGUAGGUUUAAAAAAAUGACUUACUUCAGGACAUUUUGCUAUCUAAACAGUUCAUGUAUUAGAAAAAUCAUUACUUUAAUGUUUAUGAGUUUCCCGAAGAAUAAAUUCACUCCUUUGUAGCAAAACUCGGUAACAGAUGUUUCUGUUGGUUUCCGUGCGCCAUGUUGGAGCUCAUCCAGGUGAGCACCAGCAUGGCGCCUCCAUACAAAUCUCUAUAAGUUUGGGUAAAACAUUUCUUCGGAUAUCUCCCAUAUUCCUCUGACCUGAGUCUUAGCGAGGGUCUUUGCACAUGUACCUCCUUUCAUUUCCCAGAUUCUGGACUUUAUCUAUUGAACGGUUUUUCAUUUUUAUUUUGAUCUGUUUUGAAUGGCGUGACACUGAAAACCAGCAAUUCUUAUUUUCUCGAUUUAGAUUGGCGUGCCUUUGAGAAGCAAAUCUUUUUUCCAGAAGCACAAUCAAGGAGCCAAAACUGUG